AUGUUUGCUCAACUCGGUAUCCUCGCAAGGAUUUUUGAGUUGCACGCCUUUAAAGCAUUCCUCCUCUACUAUUCGUGGCCAUUUUUCUUUAUCCUAUUACCGAUCAAUUUGACAUGUAUUUUUGAGCGGUUUCUGGCUACGAUAUUCUACCAGAACUAUGAGACGAUGCGACCUUGGUAUAUUUUUCUGCUGCCAGCGUGUUCAUUGAUUUGUGUAAUCGCACUGUACGUCAAGAAAUUAGAUGACAUCUGGUCGGUUCUCGAUGAUUUGGCGAUUUACGCCCUUCAAAUAAUUCUGCCCUACUGCUUCUGGGACAGCAUGUUCAACCUGAUCGGUUUGGUUUUUCUCCAAUUCCUCAGCGUCGACGAGGCAUUUAUACCAGCAACGUGUAUCCAGUCGCCGAUUGCCUAUACGGCUGCGUUUUUCGCGGUGUUGGUGUUCCGACAAGUGGUGUGCCUACUCUCGCCGAUUGUCACCUUUCGCAUCAACACAAUCUUGCGCAGACCGGUGCUCGAUUUGUUGCGGAAAAUUGGUGUAUACGGGAAGAAUCGAAUCCGCGGUAUCCAUCACCGGCAAGAAUUCCGGAAUGUGAUGGGACGGCGGAUAGCGCUCAGCGCCUCACAGGAUAUGUACUUUAGUCAGCUUACUGCUCAUUGG